AACUAACACGUGCACAAUUGUUUAGAUUCGCGUUUUGGACAAGACAAGAAAGUGAAGAUAUGAGUAAAGCCGUAGCUGAGACAAUGGACGCUGCAAGCGCCGGAAUUACACCACAGAAAAAGCCAAAUACUAAGAAAUCACAGCCGCAGGCGAAUAUGCCGCGCGGUCAACCGAAAUCCAAUCGGCCCUGGAAAACUCCGAAACAAAAAUUCAGCACAAUUAAGAAGACCGUGAACCGUCUAUCGUUUACGAAGAAGGCAGCCCUACGGAAUGAAUUGCGCUAUAUCAAGGAAAAAUCAAAUGAAAUUAAGAGUCAACGGAAGGAAGCAGCCGUUCAGCGUCACCAGCGCCGCGUGGAGAACGCGGAGCGUCGCUUGGCCAACGAACGUCGCUCAGAAAUCGUCCAAGUCAUCAAGAAUCCUUCAAAGAUUAAACGUAUGAAGAAGAAGCAGAUGCGUAUGAUUGAGAAGCGUGACAUUAGCCAAGUAAAGGUGGUCUAAGUAGCCAAUGUAUAGGAAACCCUACGCUAGAAUGUAAAUUUUUAUUUUGCCUAAAUAUAGUUUUAAUAUACAUACA